AUGGACCUUCAUACAUCCUCCUUACCGUCAGAUGUUCUCGUACAGUUCUACACGGCUGUGCGGAUCACGGUCGCAGUAGUAUUUUUCACCAUCACUAGAAAGCCCCCUUCGUUUCUGGUCCAAGCUGGCCCACCGUUGGCUGCCCUGACUACCGCGUUUUCUCCUUGCUUCAUCGUGCUUCUCGUUCCAUAUUAUCUUCGUCUCGCAACGCGGCGAACACUAUGUGAUGCGCCCAGAUAUGUCGAUGAAAGUGUCUGUACAGACGUGGAAGAAGAGGAUGAACGAACAGCAGUCGAGUUGAGCGAUGUUGAUAUCAGUAGCGACGACACCGUCAUUCACGAUAUCAAUUGGGAGGAAGACGACAGCAAUGUCAAAAAAUGUGAGAGCCGUGACGUAGUGUUCUUGAACGAGAUACCUGGCGAGGCCGGUCGGGAUGGAGAAGACGUUGUCAAAGAGGGCCCGUCUGAGGGAAAUGAGGAAGCACUACUGGAUAGACGUGAUAUGAUGCCGAGUGAUGAGAUUAUUCACGACAUUUCCCCAGAUGAGGAAGACGCCGGGAACAGCGAAAGGCUCGAGGAAGCCGAUAUAGAAAUUAGUGAUGAGAUCACUCGCGCUAUUGAUCUGGAUGAGAUGGUUGUCGGAGUAGACGCAAAGCUCGAGGAGAACGACAUGGUGUCUUGUGGCCAAGCGCCAGACAUUACUGAUCAGAGCACUGAGGAAGACAUUGUACGUGAACUUCCGCCUCCCAAAGUCAGUACCCACCAGACAUCGCCCACCCCGGACUUUCCUCCAUCUAGCACAUUGUCCGGGAAAAGACUUCGCGCGUACUGGGACUCUGCACCCGGAAAUGAACUGUACAUCUCCAGACAAACAAGAAUGUUCGAGUCGUUUCACGCUGCGCUCGAAUCGAGGACGCGGCCUCCAUGGUCAUUCCGAUGA